GCUCCAGAGGACAGGCGAAGCAGGCAGUGCUCAGUCUUCAGCUGAUACGAUGUGUUGUGCAGUGAUGUUAAUGUUGCCUGUUUGGUGAACUACGGAUGGCUGUUUGUGCCAGGCUCUGCGGAGUGGGUCAGUCGCGGCGUGCAGGGAGGCGACAGCGGCAGAACCAGCAGGGCCAGGGAAGCGAUUCCAGACAUGGACGAGGAGAAGAGGAGCGGAUCGUUGGGCCAGAAGCAAGCCGAGGUGGGUGCAGCAGGCGGCGGAGGAAUUUAGGGAGGAGGAGGAGGAGGAGGCCCGGAGAGCGGCGACGCCACUGCAGGGCCGAGUGACGCUUGUGAAUAUGGCAGCGGUCCUGUAAGAAGAGGCUGUACGGAGCACACGGGACCUCCACACCCGCAGUCAUUAGCGGAUUUACCGCCGGAGCUUUUGGUGGAAAUAUUCUCCUUGCUCCCCGGAACAGCUCUGCCUAAUGUCGCCCUCGUCUGCAAGAAAUUCAAACAAAUGCUCAACACCGAAACCAUCUGGAGGAGGCGGUGCAUGGAAGAGUUUGGUAUGAAGGACGAUCUGAGGAAGAUGGAAGUGGGAGGAGUGUGUAGCCGGGACCUCUAUGUUAAACUGCUUCACCCGUACAGACAUAUUUUGGGCUUAUGGCAGCCUGACAUAGGGCCUUAUGGCGGAUUGCUCAACGUUGUGGUGGACGGGCUUUUCAUCAUUGGCUGGAUGUAUUUGCCACCUCAUGACCCCCGUGUGGAAGAUCCCAUGAGAAGACGUCCGCUCUUCCGCAUCCAUUUGUGGGAGAGCAAAAAGGCCACUGUGGAGUGUAUGUACGGACACAAAGGUCCCCACAAAGGAGACAUUCAGACUGUCAAGAAGGAUGAAUUUUCAACCAAAUGUAACCAGACCGAUUAUCACCGCAUGCCAGGAGGCAGACAGGAAGAGUUCAGGACGUGGUUGGAGGAAGAAUGGGGUCGGACACUGGAAGAAAUCUUCCACGAGCACAUGCAGGAGCUCAUUCUGAUGAAGUUUAUUUAUACUAGUCAAUACGAUAACUGCUUGACAUACCGGAGGAUCUACCUGCCUCCUGUGAUGCCCUCUGACCUGCUGCAGCCGGGCCUUUUCAAAGGCACCUAUGGCAGUCACGGCUUGGAGAUUGUCAUGCUCAGUUUCCACGAGACGUCUGCGCGAGCCACCAAGCUCACGGGAGACCCCAACGUUCCUGCAGGGCAACUCACUUUGGAUGUUGACCUGACCCGACCUGUGGUCCUCCCCGACUUGGAGCAACAGCGAAACAUAGAGGAGCUGUCCCGGCUGGUACUGGGGGUACACGAGGAAGUACAGAGAGAAGCAGAACAACAGGCCAAGGGCACUUUGGCCACAGGCAGAAGUGCAGCAGAGGCGGGCUGUGGUGGUGCCAGUGCAGAAGAAGGGAUGGAGGCAGACCACGGUGUCUGUUUAGACAGCUGUCAGCCUGGCCCCAGCACCACUACCACCAGCCCCCCUGAACCCAAGCCCUUCGUUCUGCCCCUGGGGGUUAUGGCUCGCAAUGAGGUGUACCCUCGCACCUGCAGGGAAUGCUUCUAUGGAACAGGCCUGAUCGCUGGGCACGGCUUUACAAGUCCAGAGCGCACGCCGGGGCUCUUUGUGCUGUUUGAUCAGGACCGUUUUGGUUUCAUCUGGCUGGAGUUGAAGUCUUUCAGUCUGUACAGUCGCCUGACGGACCACCUAGCCCAUGCUCACGCCCCAAACAUGGAGCGGUUUGAGGCCAUGCUGCGCAACAUGCAGUCCUGGACAUCCUGAUGCACCACACUUUAAGUCUCCUCCCACAAUACAACGCAUAAUAACAACCAUCAUAACAACCAUCAUAAAACGAAUCACCUCUGUCCUCCACUGACAACGUUACUAUUGUGAUAGCAUCAUGACCUUAACUCAGUUUCUAUCUUUAUCUGUUUCACAAACAUUGGGUUUUACUGUCUAAUUAAGCUGGUUUUAUCACCCCAAGCACUUUCAAAGGCCCCCAAGUCACCAUUGAAUCACCUCACCUCAGUAUGACCUUAAUCCUCCAGUGCAGCAUGAGAACAGGUCACAUUGACAUUUUUUUAUUUAUUUAUUUAUUCCCUUCAGGAAAAAAGGAACGAUAUUUCAUACCACUUAUUAUGGAUCAAACUGUACGUGCCUCUGAUUCUAAAACCAUGUCUGUACUUGGUAGUGCUUGAAGAAGAAAAAGGUGUCCAGUGUAUUAUACUAUAUAGUAUUAUACUGAUUUUAGUGCCCAACAUAUUGAACUGCAUGCUGCAUUUUUUUAUUUUAUUCUAUAAAUCUAAUCACAUUACACUCAUAACCAUUAUCUGAACAUGAUGUUUUGUUUCCAUUAAGCAGCAUGCCUUGCUUUUUAGGGUUUAUUUUCUUCAUCCAAAUUUUAAAAAAAGACAGCAUCUCAGGUGUUUUUCUCUUUGCCACUUGUCAGUAAAAAACAGGACGAAGUAUUUAUGUGUAUAACAAAAAUGUGUGAAGUAAAAUUCAUUGUAUUAAUUUGUCAAAUAGAAAUACUGGGCAAUUUUCUAAUCAUUGACGAGAGGAUUUGCUGUCUUAUCAAAUACUGUAGCUACAUCAGCCAGUCUUGGGCAGACUGAUAUGUUUUUGCCCUUUGAACUUAAAGGUGCGGUCAUUCUGAACAAAGAUAGUCGACGGUUGAGUCUCAUUUCUAGGUCGUCAAAUAUGAACACUUUGGGUUAUGGUAAAGGGGAAAGAAGGUAGUAAAAUACUGCCCCUUUGGGUUGCUAAAGAUUUGGUGUUGGUAAUGAGACUCAACAAUCAACUAUCUUUCUCCAGAAUGACUGACCCUGCCUUUAAGAGAUAUGUUUUUCAGGGAUACUCAACUUGCUUUGCCCAGAGGUAAUUUUUGCAAAAUGACAGGGGGCCAGUGGCUUAAUUAACAACAAUAAACAAGCUCUGAUUAUAUUUAUCAGGUAAAAUGAACAAGCAUUAUGAUUGUUGUUUCGGCAGAAUAAGACAACUCUUGGCUUGCAGUUCUACCAGGUGGUAACGCUGCACUGAAGGUAGUAUGUUUUGACUGACAUGAGCAACCUUGCAUACAGCAGUUGCCUUUUAGACACAUUUACCGAGGGAUUAGAAUUGGUAUUAGGUGGCAAAAUAAGAGCCUUCUGUCAAUUUUUUCAUUGAAUUGCCUGUUUUCAUUAUCAACCUUUCGGUGUUUGCUGUCCUCACUCUUCUUUGCCAACAGGCCAAUUCAGUUGCAGUAGCCCUGUGAAGUUCAGAAACCAAGUGACAGCUUCCGCACACUGCACAGAUUGCUUAUAUCGGUAUGCAACCUCCCUAGUAACAGCCAAGGGACAAUACUGAACAUUUUUUAUUUUCAUUGUGUAUUAGAAAAUGUUUGGCUGGCCACCCAGCACCCUAUCUGGCCUGCGGGCCUUAAGUUGAGUAUCACUGUUCUACAUCAAACAUACUUUAAUGUCUCCACACCUGACAUAUUAUGUGAGUUGGAAAGAUGUAUUGUACUGCAAUAGAAUAACAUAACCUUUACAGAAGCUGGAUUUAAUGAAAAGUAUACAGUUUAUGUGCUUAUAUCAUUCUGAUCUGAAACAUAAACUCUGAAAUGUAUCGCAUUUGUUGUUUGCAUAUGACGUAUGCCUGGCUUUAUACCUGCAAAAGCUAUUCCCUCCAGUUUACCAAUUGAUUUCAAACUUGAGACCAGGCUAGCUGAACAUUAUACAAACAGCUCAAAGUGCAUCUCAAAGUACCAAGUUAAGUGUCUGUAUGUCUCAUUACGGCCUGGUGGUGAUGCCCAGUAGCUUUCCUACUCCAAGUGCACUUUUCUGGGCAGUAUAGUGAAUCAUUCAAAACCACUGGCCAGCACUUUUAUAUCAGACUGCAGCUUUACUAACAUUUGCAAAAAAUAAAUAGUGUCUGCUAAAGCAUCAUAAACUUAUUUUAGCACAUUCAAUUCAUAUUCUUUCAAAUUUAGUACAUUUGCUUUAUACAUUAUUCUAUCUGUAAGCCCUCUGUAUCCAGCUAUUUGAAUGAUUUGCUUUUGCAAAAUGUUGCUUUGUACUAUUUUCAAUGUCAUACGCCUGAUUUUGUGGAAAAACAACUAAGUUUGCCCUUUUGAACUACUCACAUCGGACUUCAGGGAGCUUUUCAGCUUAAGCGCUCUUCUCAGUAAUAACAAAUACAAAACUGAAAA